GUAAAAUUGACCGGACUGUCAGUGGACCAUCCCGACCGUUUUGCCCUAUUGCCCUCUUUACCGAAGAACGCGCGAAUGACGUAAUCAUGACGAGAGUGUGUGCAGUAAACAACCCUCUUGACAGGACGUUCCUUUAUAUCUUGCGGAGAGUAUUUCUGCGCUUGUACACACUGUAGACGAUGGAAUCUACCCCAAGCAACUUGCUUAGAACGCCACGUGUGGUUUGUCGCAUGGAUGGGCGUGACAUAUUUAUUGAGGUCGAGGAGGCCAGCGGUCGGGGUACGCUUUGGAGUUCGGGGCGGGACCUCGUCAUUGAGCUGGGGACGAUGUUGCCCUUGGACCAUGGUAGGGUAGAAAGGGCGGUGGAAGGCCAAGUAAGUUUGGCCAGGAGGAGAGGGCGCCUAGGGUUUGUAUCCGAGGUCAGGAAGUACGGCCAUCAAAUUCUUAGUGAUUCGUUCAUUAAGAGGGUGUUGGCCGGUCCUGAAAAACAACGGAGGACCCCUGGGGCUUCACUGAGCGGGAGGCCCCGUGGUACUGUAGAGUUGUCCAGAUCGAGACCAAAGCCGGCUCCGAUCCUGACAGCGCUGGACUUCCCUGCGUUGCCAGCACAGUUGGGAUCGGAGGGGGUCAAGGUUGAACCUGGGGUAGAGUCACUCGUGCCCAAUCCUUCCUCGCUGGACUCACUUGUGUUGCCAGUAGGGUCGGAGUGUGGGAGGGUGAAGGUCGAACCUGAGGAGGAGGCAUUUGUCUCCGAUUCGACAUCGCUGGUUGUCCCUGAGUCGCCAGUGAGGUUGGUGGAGGUCAAGGCCGAGCCUGAAGGGGAGGCCUUCAUGGCCUCGCAGCCAUCAGCACUGGACUUCCUUGUGUCGCCAUUGAGGUUGGUGGAGGCUGCGUGCAAGGUUGGCCCCGAAGAAGGGGUCAUCAUCAUCUCUGAUGAGGAAGACAUGGAGGUUGAUGCUCCUUUGGCGGCUAACCUUGACCAGGAAAUUGUGGGGGAACCCGGUUUUGCACGUCCUAUAGAUGAAAUGGCAGAGCCCGCAGGGGCAAUGUCACUUCAAGGUAGGAUGAUAAGAGGUAUGGACCGGUGUGAGAGACGGUCCAGGCCUCUUGAUAGAGGGGCAGAGUUUAAUGGAGGGGUUGGGACCAGGGAUAGAUCCCGGUCCCAGCAGGAUGAUGUGGGUUUUAAGAGGAAAAAGACCCAGGGUUGUCCCGUGUGUGGAUUAAGGGCAAGAUCGAUAAGACACCAUGUUGAGGCCCGGCAUUUUCCGCCUGUGUUUCGUCGGGAGGCAUGGGAGAAUCCGGAAAAGGACCAUGUGCGGUUUAGAGGGGUAAUAUGCGUCAUCAAUAGUCUGGGUCUCCAGAGCUUUGAUGAGGCUAUGCUUUUCGUGGGCCGCCAGAGGUUAUCAAUUUCGGAGCAGUCCUGCCUGAACGACAAGGACCAGGUCUGGUUAGAAAGGGUCUCUCGUAGGUUUAUGUUUUACAUUCCCCCUAUAUUCCACGUUGCACGGGUAAACUCGCGAGCGCUCCUCUUCCACUGGAGUGUUGGCCGCGUUGCUGAAGCUAUGCAGCCAAGAGGUAAGAGACGAUUUCCUUGCCCAAAGGUUUGUCAGGCGGCGCGGCGUGGUCCAGGUGACUGGGUUGACUCAGGCAACUGAGUUGAUGCAGAGAUCCGGACCAGAUUGUUGUGUGGCGGCCCAGGCUACUGGGUCGACUCAGGCAACUGAGUUGGUGCAGGUAGCCGGAUCAGAUCGGAGUGUGGUCAUGGAGGCUCAGGCGACUGUGUCGAGUCCAGAGAU